AUGGCUUCGAACACGACCUCGAACAACAGGCGCAGCGCCAAGACGACAUCGUCUUCAAGCUCGCCGUCGCGCAAGCUCUUCGUCGCCGUCCUCCUUGCGUUUGCCCUGGCAGGCUACGGGGCGGACGCGCGUCCCGUCCUCCUUGCUCGCCAGGACGACACCACCGCUGCGGCUGCGCCGGCCGGGUUCGUCUCGGUGGCGCAACCGGCCAUGUCCAACGCCGACAUGUACAAGGUCGGGAUCCCGGCCCCGCCCGCCGCGACGGUGCCGGAUGCCUCGCAGGCCGUGGCGCAGCAACCCGCCGCCGCCGCCGACGAUGUGGCGCCCGCCGAUGCGAUGCAGCAGCUCGCCUCGAUGGCCCUCGCCCAGGCUGGAAACAUCCCCGGCGUCCCCGCCCCAGGCGCCGCAAACGCCACCGCACCCGCACCCGCACCUGCUCCCGCAGACGGAGCCGUGGUCCAGGCCGUGACCGAUGCCGCUGCGGCACCCGCCGAUCCCGCCGCACCCGCGCCCGCCCCCGAGACGGCAGCCGAUGCCGCCGCCGCGGCCGAAGUCGCCUCGGGCCAGUAUGGAUCGGCGGCCGAAGCGGCCUUCUACGACCAGACGAUCCAGGCCAUGCACGUCGCCUCUGCCAACCGCGAAGCCGCCCAGGCACAGGCCGACUCGCAACCGCUGGGAGACGAGUACCAGUCCAUGGUGGCCGACCAGAAACAGACCUUCUCCUCGCCCGACUCGACCGCACCUGUGAGCAGCAACCUCUCGGCCACCCCGGACCAAGGUCAGGCGGACCCGGCAUUGGCCUCGGAUCAGGGUCAGAGCGAGUGGACCGAUGGAUCCGGCACCGGUACUGAUCCUACCUCUGCUGCCUCCAUUGCCUCCUCUGCUGCUGCCACCCCGGACGGCAACGCGACAACAGAGCCAGUAAACGUCGCACCAAGAUCCGCCAUCUGGGCAAAGAGGCAGGACGCCGACCCGGCCGCAGACGUUCCUCCCGCUGAGGCUCCAUCCGAGGAUACCGAUGCCGCUGCCGCCGCGGACGCCGCCGCUCCCGCCGAUCAAGCUGCCCCCGAGACUGCUCAGGAUUCAGCCGCCACCGACGCGACUGCCACCGCAACCGCCGACGCUGCGCCCGCGUACCCCGAUGUGGGCCAACCGAUGCCGGAUCCGACGGCUGCGGACCAGACGGCUGCAGUACCACCCGCCGCCGAUGCCGCAGCGGCGGAUCCGGCCUCAGCCUCGACUGCCGAUGCCGCCGCCACCGCCGCCGCCUCCUCAACUCCGGCCGAUGCCACUGCGCCAGUCGCGGCCGCAUCUGGCAUCAUGAGCACGGCCGCGGCCGCCAUCCCGUCGGCGCCGCCGAUCGACCCCUCCACCGUCGUCAACGGCGUCGACGACGAUUCGACCGACGACUACACCGUCACCGUCACGCUGGGGGCUGAGCCGACGGGGACCGCCUCGCCGUCCUCCUCGUCGACGAUCAAGACCAAGUCCGACCCGUCGGGCAGCGACGACGCCGCCGACGACUCGAGCUCGUCGUCGCGCGCGAUCGCCGCUGCCGUGGCGCAGGCUGAGCCCUUUGAUCCGUCGGAGUGGCAGGCCAUGACGGUCAUGGUGCCCGCCCACGCCGCCAUUCCUUCCGGCGCCGCUGCCACCCUCCUGCCCAGCACCGACGGCAUCAACAUGGCCUCGCUCUCCUCGCUCGCCACCACGCCCACCCCGACAUCGUCCGGAUCGAGCAGCGACGCUCCGAAGCAGACGCAGUCCUCGUCGCCGUCGCCGUCGUCGUCUUCGGCCUCGGCCAAGGGCACUGGCUCGCCCGACUUCCCAGAGGCUUCGAGCGUUUCGGCCUCGGCUUCGGCCUCGACCUCGACCUCUGCGCCGGCCAAGUCGCUGGUCCAGGACGCGGCGACGACGGACGGAAGGGCCGCGAGCGCCGUCACGGCCACGCCCACGUCUGGUCCCACGCCGACGCCCACGUCGCGCACCGUCGCGGUCCCCGUCACGGCCGUCAUCAACAACCAGACCUUCACCAAGACGAUCACGCUGACGCUGACGGGUUCAGGACCGGGGCCGACGCCGACCGGGGCCGCUUCCAAGCCGUCGCCGACGUCGGACGCCAACGCGAUCCCGGACGAGGAUGUGCCCCCGCUGCUGCGUCCGUCUGGCAGCGUGACCGAGGCGACUGGCGGCGACGACGACGAGGACAUGGACGACUGCGAAGACGACGACUUUGACGUCGGUGCCUCGUCAUCGACGACUCCGUCCGCCCGUCAGCAGAACCUGGUGCUGAGCUACAACGACGUCGACGACGCCGCGCUCACGGGCGAGGAUCCGUCGUCGUCGUCGUCGUCUUCAUCGUCGUCGUCGUCGCCGAGCUGGUGGAGCAGUGCGAUGAGCCUGCUCGGCCUUUGA